AUUUGGGGCAGCACCGUCGCCGCCAUGUGGAGAGUCACCACCGCCGCCGCCGCCACGAGGGGCCUCGUCUACGCUGGCCGAGCAAGCACUAAACCUACCCUUGAUUUCUCCUCCGUUUCCUUUUCGUCUCCUCGGAUCUCAUCUUCCGUCGAUGGUCUCGCCGGCAGCGGAGCGGCGCUUCUCUUUGCUCUGCGACUCCACUCGGCCGUAGAUCCGUUGACGCCGAGGCUCGAGAGGGCCUCCGCCGCCUUUUCCACCUCGUCUCCGGCUGAGGCGGCGGCGAUGCUCGGAUCUCUGGCGCCUGCCUCGUCGUUUGUCUCUCAGAUGUCGAGGAAUGUCUCCGAGGCCAUCCGUCAUUACGGCCGCUGCUACUGGGAGCUCUCGAAGGCUCGUCUUAGCAUGCUUGUAGUUGCAACUUCUGGAACUGGUUUUGUUCUCGGUAGUGGCAGCGCUAUAGAUAUUGCGGGGCUUUCUUGCACUUGUGCUGGCACUAUGAUGGUUGCAGCAUCUGCAAACUCUUUAAAUCAGGUGUUUGAGAUUCAGAAUGAUGCUAAAAUGAAAAGAACAAGGCAAAGACCACUACCUUCAGGACGUCUAAGUGUUCCUCAUGCUGCCAUCUGGGCAUCUACUGUUGGGAUUGCUGGCACAACUUUGUUGGCUUGGAAGGCUAAUUACCUGGCGGCAGGGCUUGCAGCUAGUAAUUUAGUUCUUUAUGCAUUUGUGUAUACUCCCUUGAAACAGAUACACCCAGUCAAUACAUGGGUUGGUGCAGUAGUUGGUGCCAUUCCUCCACUUCUUGGGUGGGCAGCAUCAUCUGGUGAACUACCGUUAAAAUCAGUGAUUCUUCCAGCUGCUUUGUAUUUUUGGCAGAUUCCACACUUUAUGGCCCUUGCUUAUUUGUGUCGCAAUGACUACAUUGCUGGAGGGUUCCGUAUGUUUUCUCUUGCUGAUGCUUCUGGCCAAAGAACUGCUUUAGUGUCCCUAAGGAACUGCCUGUAUCUGCUUCCUCUGGGACUAUUGGCAUAUAAUUGGGGUCUUACUUCCAAGUGGUUUGCACUUGAAUCAUCACUACUCACAAUUUUCAGCAGCAUUUCAGCCCUAUUAUUCGUUCGUGAGCGAACAUCAAAGAACGCCAGAAGGAUGUUUUACGGAAGCCUAUUAUAUUUGCCUGUUUUUAUGUCUGGACUCUUAUUGCAUAGGCAGCCUAAUGAACAACACGAGCAUGUGAUCUCCGAACCUACCACAAUGAACGUUCUUCUAUCUGAAGUUGAAGUGCAGGAGGGAAACAGCAGCAGCACUGGGCAAUACAAGCAGAGGAAAGAUCUGACUUGCACACAAGCCCGUCCACCCAUCGCCUAUGCAUCAGUUGCUCCAUUCCCCUUCUUACCUGUACCAUUGUAUGUCUCCCCCGACUCGUGAGUACCAUAUUACUCCCUUUCCAAACUAAGUCUUCUGGAGUUUGUAAAAUUGGCAUUUGUAUUUGUUUAUAGUGUUUUGGGUGGAGGAAGUAAUAAUUUUCUUUUUUUUUUCUUCACUUGUGAGCAAAGUUUACUUCCAUAUUGGAUGUAAUAAGCCCUUACAAAGUUGGCUUUGCCAACCUUCGGAAAUGGAGAUAUUAAUGGACGCUACAAAGUCUUCCAGUUGAUAAAUCAGCAGCAAUUGAGCGGUGUUGCUGCACUGCCAUUUA